UUUUUUUUUUUUACUUGAAAAAACCUCUUGCUUCCUCUCAACCACAUUGGUAGUUCUUCAGUGCUUUGUUCUGCAUUGAAAACCCGCUUAUUGAAGACAAUGUCUGCUAAUAUCAAUCUGGCAUAUUUUCUAGAAGACAGUGAGGCUGUUACCUUUGAUGUGGACGAUCUGAUCUUUGAAGGCGUCAACUUCUCAGAAGCAACUGACUUCUACACCAACGAUUCGUGCAGCAGCGUGAAGGAGGGCCGGCAGUUUGAGGCGGUCUUCAUCCCGGUUCUGUACUCGGUGGCUUUGGUGGUGGGCAUCCCAGGGAACGCGGUGCUCCUGGGGGUUCUGGCUCGGAGCAGGAAGUGCUGGAGUGUGACGGACACCUUCAUUCUCCACUUGGCUGUGGCUGAUGUGUUGCUGCUGGUCACGCUGCCCUUGUUGAUGGCACAGGACGCCCAAGGGGCGGGGUGGACUUUUGGUACUCCUCUCUGCAAGAUCACAGGUUCUGUUUUCACGAUCAACUUCUAUUGUGGAAUCUUCCUGCUGGCUUGCAUCAGCCUGGAUCGCUACCUUUCCAUUGUCCACGCCACCCAGAUGUACUCCCACAGGAAACCCCACUUCAUCCAGGCCAGCUGCUCGGCCGUAUGGCUUUUUUCGUUCUUCCUCUCUCUCCCCGACUGGAUCUUCCUGGAAGCCCUGAAAGACGCCCGACGAGACAAAACCGAAUGCGUCCGCAACGUCUCCGAAUCCUGGAGACUGGCCUUGCGCCUCGUCUACCACUUCGCCGGCUUCCUGGUGCCGUCAUUGGUCCUGGUCUUUUGCUACUCGUGCAUCAUGCGGCGGCUGCGCUGCGGCUCACAGGGCCUCCAGAAACAAAAGGCCUUCAGGGUCAUCGCCGCCGUGGUGGUGGUGUUCUUCAUCUGCUGGAUGCCGUACAACAUCACGCUAAUGGUAGACACUGCCUUUUCAGAGGACACCAGCCAGAGUUGUGAGUUCAGAGCGUCGCUGGGGAAGGCCAUGAUCAUCACCCCCACCGUAGGUUACCUCCACUGCAGCCUCAACCCUGUCUUGUAUGCUUUUGUGGGGAUCAAGUUCCGUCGUCAGCUCCAGGACAUCCUGAGGGUAAUGACCUGCAAACCCAAGAAGAGCGUCAAACUUCAGUCGGCAGUGGGCAGCAGGAGAAGCUCCUUAUGGUCCAACUCUGGAGACACUUCCAACUCCCUGGCGAUCUGAGACAGAAGCAUGCACAGACCUUCAUCAUUCUUCUUCGGUUGUUCUUCUCUAAUGUAGUUUGGGGUUCACACAGUCAUAGAUCUCUUCUUUAAGAUCUUUUUUUUUGUUGAGCUAUGUAAAUUGAAUGUCUUACUGUACAUUUAAACUGACAACUGUGUAUACAUGUAUGUAAUACUGUAUAUUGAGCCAUGGCUUAUACUUUUGCUCAAUGAUUUUAAAACUGUUGUACCACUGUUGAUGCUGUACAUGGGC